GCCGAUUGCUGGUCGUCGCUGGCACCGAGGAGAGUGCGAUCGGAAGCUAUCAUCUGGCUGUCAGCCGAUGGUAAACAGUCCUCCGGCAUACACCGCGGUGCGCAGACGUGCGUACGUAGGUAGUGCAACGUGUGCACGUGUGCAUACAUGUGUAUAUGUGAGCAAACCUAAUAGAGAGAGAGAGAGGGAUAUUGGAAUAAUUCAAGUACACAUUCUCGUCUGUCCACGCGUGUCUGUAUUUAUUCGUAAAGCGGGGUUGACUCCGACAAUGAGGACCACCGUCUGACAUUGUGGCUAAAAGUGCAUUCAUAUCGUGCUCAUCGCCGCGCUGACGGGCCUCUUCAGGUGCAAUCACCAGUGGAGCUUCGAGAAGACAUGCAAUUGGACAAGCCGUGGAUGAAGCCGGGAGCCGGCACUGGCGGGGCCGCCCAUCCGGGCGGGACAGGUGACGAUGAGGCCCCGAAAGAUCCGGGCGCACGGAUCACCCAUCAGUCUUACACGGAGAAAGAUUAUGAAGGUCACAGAGCGCACACGGUGUAUGUGGGCGUGCAUUUGCCAGGGGAAAGGAGACACCGCCGGCACCAUAAGCACCAUCAUUCACAACGGCAGUCGUACCCCUGUGGUAAGGAGGACGCCGACAACGAUAGACCGAGACAAUUGUUGAUGGCGCGCAGGGGUCGUCUCGCUAGCAUCUGCGACCCCGCCGGCGAGAUGAUAUUCACUCCGCCAGCCCAGAGAGUACAGUUCAUCCUUGGCGAGGAAGUCGGUGACGAUGCGCACGAAUCGCAUCCGCUUUUCUCGGAGAUGGAGGAGCUUAUCAAGGAUGGCGACGAAAUGGAAUGGAAAGAAACAGCGAGAUGGAUCAAGUUCGAGGAAGACGUCGAGGAAGGUGGCAAUAGGUGGAGCAAACCUCAUGUUGCCACUUUAUCACUGCACUCACUCUUCGAGUUAAGGAGCCUCCUUUUAAACGGGACCGUCAUGCUUGAUAUGGAGGCGGGCAGCUUAGAACAGAUAGCUGAUCUUGUUCUCGAUAAUAUGAUCAAUAAAGGAGUACUGUCGGUCGAAUUGCGAGAGAAGGUGAGAGAAGCCCUUCUCGUCCGACAUCGGCACCAACACGAAAGACGCAAAGACAAUAACAUGUCGAAGUUACCGAUCAUAAGGUCGUUAGCUGAGAUAGGACGCAACCAUUCCUCCUCGAAGAAUUGCGACUGUUCAUGUGGUAUGCAUGCCUUGUUGACGUCAGAUUUGCAGGAGCGUCGUGAACCGAAGGACACUUACAUGCCGUCCGUCGCCCGCAGCAGCAGCUGCCCGAAUUCGAACACGGCACAGCUGUCGAAAGAGGCGAAAGACCUCAAAGGGCCGUACCUUCUGGUUCCAGACGAAUUUGGCAUACCCCACGUGGUGGGAUUCACGACGUGGUUCGCGAUGUGUCCGCUAAAAGUGGAGGAAUCGAAUUCCGCUCCGGCGAUCGCCGGCGCAACAAGUCAGGGCAGUGGAGCAGCGCUGAAUGCUGGUAGCCGCUUCCUUGCGAUACCCGGCAAUCCCGGCCAAGAACCGGGCAGCAACGGCAUGGACCGGAGCCCUAGCAGCGUGUCUAUCUGCAGAAAUCACAGCUCCUCCGCUUUGGAGAACGGAGACGCUAAUCACAAGGGUAAUACGCACUUUAUGAGGAAGAUACCACCCGGCGCCGAAGCAAGCAACAUACUGGUGGGUGAGGUCGAUUUUCUCGACAAGACUUUGUCCGCAUUCAUUCGGUUAAGCCAGGCUGGAAUAAUGGGGGACCUGACAGAAGUUCCUGUUCCGACGAGGUUCAUCUUUGUUCUCCUGGGGCCCAUAGGUGGGAUUUCGGGUUUUCACGAGAUCGGUCGAGCCAUGGCGACUUUGAUGUCCGACGAAGUCUUCCACGACGUGGCUUACAAAGCAAAAAAUAGAAAUCAUCUCUUAGCUGGUAUUGACGAGUUCCUAGACGCCGUGACGGUAUUACCACCCGGUGAAUGGGAUCCCGCAAUUAGAAUAGAACCGCCAGCCGCUAUACCGUCGCAGGAAGUCAGAAAGAGGCCCAAGGAGGAAAAGCCUAAGGAAGAGUUCGAUGAGGAAGCUGACGAACAAAAGCUAAGGGAGGAAUCCGGCCUUUCCAGAUCCGGUAGACUGUUCGGCGGUCUGAUCAACGACGUUAAGAGGAAAGCUCCGUUUUACGUUUCCGACUUCAAGGAAGCCCUCGCGCUUCAAUGCGUCGCGUCUUUCAUUUUCCUAUAUUUCGCCUGCUUGUCGCCCAUUAUUACUUUCGGCGGUCUCCUCAGCGAAGCAACCGGCAAGAAUAUGGCCGCUAUGGAAUCGUUGGUUUCUGGUUUCGUCUGCGGCAUAGGAUAUGGAUUUUUCUCUGGUCAGCCAUUGACUAUACUCGGUUCCACGGGUCCGGUGCUGGUUUUCGAGACGAUCGUCUACGAAUUUUGCAAGAAGGUUGAUUGGGAUUACAUGUCAUUCCGUUUCUGGAUCGGUACAUGGAUCGCCGUGAUUCUGAUGAUCCUCGUGGCUCUGGACGCAAGUGCUUGCGUUUGUUAUAUCACUCGAUUUACGGAGGAAAAUUUUGCCACCCUCAUCGCCUUCAUUUUUAUCUAUAAGGCUAUCGAAAAUGUGCUGUCGAUCGGCAAGAAAUAUCCCUUAAACAGCUAUCCUAGCGGAACACUAGACUACGAGUGCUGGUGCAAACCACCGAAUACCAGUCUGCCAUCCAGUUAUGACAAUAUGAAUUGGACGACAUUGGAUAAAACAGCUUGCGAGAAUUACAAUGGCACUAUGGUGGGAGAUGGCUGCAACAUACCGCAUUAUGUACCCAACGUGUUCCUUAUGUCAAUUAUCCUAUUCAUGGGCACGUUCUUGCUAUCGGUAGAGCUCAAGGAUUUCAAGAACGCUUUAUUCUUUCCCUCAAAGGUGAGACAAGUGGUGAGCGAUUUUGCAGUAAUAAUCGCGAUAUUCUCUAUGAGUACAUUGGAUCAUUUCGUGGGCAUUCCAACGCCGAAAUUGGAAGUGCCGGCGGAGUUCAAGCCAACAUUGGACGGACGAGGAUGGAUAAUCUGGCCUUUUCAAAGGAAUCCGUGGUGGAGUGCUGUCGGGGCAUGUCUCCCCGCUUUACUGGGCACUAUAUUGAUCUUCAUGGAUCAGCAAAUCACGGCUGUUAUUGUUAAUAGAAAAGAGAACAAGUUGAAGAAAGGAUGCGGGUAUCACCUGGACCUCUUUGUCCUGGCGAUCCUGAUCGAGAUAUGCUCGGUGAUGGGACUUCCAUGGUUCGUCGCAGCGACAGUCCUCUCCAUAAAUCACGUGAAUUCGUUGAAGUUGGAGUCCGAGUGCGCCGCGCCGGGAGAGAAGCCGCAUUUUUUAGGUGUCCGCGAGCAGAGAGUUACUCACAUACUGAUUUUCCUAAUGAUUGGAUGCUCGGUGCUCCUAACACCGAUGCUGAGGAACAUACCGAUGCCGGUGCUGUUCGGUGUCUUCUUGUACAUGGGCGUCGCUUCGCUGAAGGGUCUUCAAUUCUUCGAUAGGAUUCUGAUAAUGUUGAUGCCGGUUAAAUAUCAGCCGGACUAUAUGUUUCUUCGUCAGGUGCCGUUGAAACGCGUACACAUGUUCACUGCGAUUCAGCUUACUUGCCUCGCCUGCCUGUGGCUCAUAAAAUCCUUCAGCCAUACUUCUAUUUUGUUUCCUUUAAUGCUCGUGGUAAUGAUCGGCAUACGCAAAUCCCUGGAUUUCAUGUUUACGCAACGCGAGUUGAAAAUACUCGACGACAUAAUGCCGGAACCGAGCAAGAAACACGCCGAAGAACUUCGUAAGCUGGAGAACGGCGAGGAUCAUCAAAACGAAACGAUGGAAUAUGGACCCCCGGGAAAUAUUCAGAUCUCUUUGGCAAAUGGGAACAUCAUGAAGAUUCCACUGGCGAGUAUCAAUAUCAGCGAGGAGGUGAACAAAACUGGUAUCUGGCAACAAGUCAACGAGUGCAAUGAAAAAACGAAACAGUCAAAGUCACUAAUCAAUGUGGGAAAGCAAAAAAAGCAUCCGAAGAAGGAUAACUCGUUGCUGGCGGACGAGACGACGAGGCUGACGACGAUGACCGAAGAGGACGAGGAUGACAGUGGGAUCUCGAUCAAGGUAGAUUUAAUACGAUCCAAGGAAAGCAUCAGUCCUUUAAAAGCAAAUGGUACUACCUCAGCAGAAACUUCCGUUUAAUAAGAAGACAACAGAUGUAAACAUAUAUUAAUGAAGUACACAAGUUUUUUUAAUCGAUAGUUUCAAAACUUUCAUCUUUACAGUUUUCAUGCAAUUUCUAUUUUUAUUUUACGAAAUAUCAUUUAAACAACAUAAAAGUCACAGAUCAUGCUAUUUAAUUUUCUGAAAACCUAUAUUCUUCUGCAAAGAAUAAUGUCCACUUCUAUCAUUUAUCUAUUAUUUUUAAUUGUAUUAUAUUUGUACCAUAUUUGACAAACAAUGUGCGUCACUCUUCGCGAGUACUCUGCAAUUUAUACUCAACUAAAUGAGAUCUACCAUACAUAGUCUCAAUGUAUUUGUACAUAGAAACAAUUCAACAAGAUUCGCCAAUAGUAUCCAAUUGUGAUUUCAUGAAACCUCAUCUUUCAUCUCCGAUAAGAUAAUGUUGUUACAAAACAGUCUAUUUUAGUAGUUAUUCAUUCAAUAAUAAAUUCUACUUCGUUAAUAUUGUAUGUGAAUUGCAAGGAACAGCGAGAAACGAAAAGAGAAACGGAAGAAAGAAAUUCCAAAUAAUUCGAAAAAAUGUUUCGAAAUAAUAAAGGUAGUAGAUACAUGUUUUUACGUUUAAGUGAGUGUAACGACGGCAAGUAAAAUAUUAGGUGAAAUUUAAAAAGAUCUCCUAUAGGGGAGAGUUGGAUAUUAUCGAGCCGCUAAGAACUGAAGCGUAUAUCUAAGCUCAGAAAUGCUUCAAAGAAACAAAAUGUGCAGUUUUAGAUAGGCAAUUUAUUUAUCCAUAUAUAUCAUAGCAAUAAUGUUGAAAGUUAAACACAAACUGAAAUAUUAACAAUUUUUCAAAAAAUGAGAAAACGCGGUAUUACCGAACUGGUCUGAUAAUAUCGUGCCUAUAAAAAUUACUCUGGCUUCAGCCAGUGACAUGAAGUAGAACACAAUAACAAAAUGUUUUUUUUUUAUAUUUAAGCAUUAAUAUUGUCUAGUAGGUAUGUACCUAAAUAUAAAAAUAAGUGAAUGUGUUAACAAAUAACGAUCAUUAUAAAUUCAAAUCAAAACUUAAGCAACGAUGUAAGGUGCUUUUCUGUAAGCACCUUACAUUGUAAACUAAAAAGUCUUGGUAACUCUUAACACACAGUUAUCGUUAUACCUAUUGUCUAUGAAUUGCAAAAACAACUUUAAAAUUUUAUCAGUCUCCAAAAUUCAAUCAGUCUCAAAAUUUCAACUUUGGGCGCGAAAUUAUCAAACUUAAUUAUUUCACUUUACAACCUUAAAAUAUAUAGAAAAAAAACGCGUGUUUCUAAAAUCAUUUUGGAACCUAAUUUUAUAGUGUUCAACCUAUCAAAUCCAUCAAGUUUAUUUCUCUAAUGUAAAUAUUAUGUUACUCACCUCUUAUCGAAACUACCAGCAAAAUUGCAACGAAUAAGCAGAGAAGCUUCCAGAGCGCACUGUGUUUACAUGGACGGCCGAAACGUAUUGACGGCAUUUGCGGGUGGGGUACUUAUUUCGUGUUACUCUAUGAUAUUAACAUCAUUGUAGGCGCGUAAUAUAAAUAGUUAUUGAGUUAAACAAUGGCGCGGAAUUGUCAACCGCGCGGUAAUAUCCAACUCUCCCCUACUGCUAUGCAUCUUCUUUAGAAUGUUUAGAUUGACAACAUCUAUUGACUUAUGUCAAUAAGACAAGUUUAUGCUAGAGUCAAUAAGAACAUGUUUAUGCUAGAAAUUUGUGAAAAACGCACAUUUUUCCAAAUCGUGAUGUGACACCGAACGAAUAUAUACAUGGCAUUUAUAAAACACGUGUGCGAACUGCAAAGUAAUAAAAUUCGAGUUUUCACAGAAAAUUACUCUCGCGAGUUACUCAAGCUUCAACGCAUUCAAAUAUUUGAAUAAUUAAUACCGAUAAUUUACACUCUUAUAGAUAUGUAUGAAAUAAUAUAAUAGAAAAAUAAUAGAAUAAUAAUAUAAUAUCGCGCAGAUGUUUAAAUACCGUGAGCCAAAUAUCCGAAUGUGUGCGCAAUUGUAAUUAUUCGAAUAUUUGAGCAUUGUCAGCUGUAAUUUUAAGUUCAUCGUAUAUGUCAAAUUCUGAUUUAUACGAAUCAUAGAGAAAUAAGCAAAGUCAUACUCAAUACAAGAAUUGUGUUAUCGUGCAAUAAUGUAUGACUCUGCAUGUAGCAAUUAAAUAGUUUGGGUAACUUUAUAAUCAUACUAUGUAUGCCAAAGAAACCCCGCAAUAUGUAAUGCGUAUAUCAAUAUUUCCUUCGAGGGAUAUCUUAUACGUUAUUGCCAGCAAGCGUUGCUAAAUAGCGGUUGCGUAUCAAGCAGGUAGCAUAUUUGACUAAUAUUAUUUAUUAAGAAAAUUGCACUUUAUAGGUAUUUUUUAUUUAUUCUCUCUAAUAAUAUUAAUACGAUAUCUUGAGGGACAAAAACUGUAGGAGUUAUUUUGUGUCCUAAGAACAGAAAAGAGGAGGAAAUGUUAUAUGUAUAGAUAAUUUUUUUUUAUCCUCAAAUGAUAGAAUAACAUUAACUUUUCUGAUUUCGAAAAAUACUAUUAUCUUGAAAAUUUUGCGAAAGCGGCCUUUUAACACAGAUCUGUGGAACAAUCUUCUUUGAAACAUUCAUUGCCUUUCGCUACCUGAAGAUAAUCAGAACCAACUUAAAAAAAAAAAAAAUUCUUACUAAUACUCUAAUUUAGAUAAAAGUUUAUUUUGCUACAGAACUAUGGAACAACCCUCUUUGAGGUUCAUUCAUGACAUCGCCUCUCACUCGCUAGACAUAAUCGAGAAACUAACUUAAAAAAAGGUUUUUUAUUCUAGUUUUCUUACUCUAGUUUAGAUAACAUUUAUUCUCAAAGAUACUUAAGAAAUACGUGCAUAUUUCUGUAACUUCUUAAAAUUCCGAUCUGGCCAAAAUCUUGAGCAUUUUUCCAAACUCUAUUAUCAUAACUUUUAAAUAUUUGGGCAUUCCCAAUUGCGACAAUAUUGAAAUAUUCUAAUUAUAGUAAAAUUAAUUUCUUUACUGCUAGAUUUUUGACAAAAAGUUUACGUAUUAUAAAGAUAUACAUGCGAUGUGUUGAGUGAUAAAAAAACAGUCCCUUGAAGGAUAUCGUUGUUGUUCGUAAUUAAAGAAAGAAGAUAUAACCAUCAGUCUGUAUACAGCCUGCGAUAUUUAAUAAAUAAUCAUGUAACUCUU